UAUCAGUGUGAUAUUUGUGAUAAAUCAUUCGCUCGAAGAAGUGCUGUAACUGUACAUAAACGUAUUCAUACAGGCGAUAAACCAUAUCAUUGUGAUAUCUGUGGUAAAUCAUUUUCUAAUUGUAGUGGUUUAACAUGUCACAGACGUAUUCAUACAGGAGAGAAACCCCAUAUCAGUGUGAUAUCUGUGGUAAAUCAUUCUCUCGAAAUGGUACCUUAACCAAGCACAAACAUGUUCAUACAGGCAAGAAACCUUAUCAGUGUGAUAUCUGUGGUAAAUUAUUUUCUUUCAAAGGUAACUUAACUAUACACAAACUUACUCAUACAGGGGAGAAACCUUAUCAGUGUGAUAUCUGUGGUAAAUCAUUCUCCUUGAGAGUUAACUUAGCGACACACAAAUUUACUCAUACAGGGGAGAAACCUUACCAGUGUGAUAUCUGUGGUAAAUCAUUCACUCGAAGAAGUGCUGUAACUGUACAUAAACGUAUUCAUACAGGAGAGAAACCAUAUCACUGUGAUAUCUGUAGUAAAUCAUUCUCUCGAUGUGAGUACUUAGUUACGCACAAACUUACUCAUACAGGGGAGAAACCUUACCAGUGUGAUAUCUGCGGUAAAUCAUUCUCUCGAAAUGGUGACUUAGCUAAACACAAACAUACUCACACUGGCGAGAAAACCCAUCAGUGUGAUAUCUGUGGUAAAUCAUUCUCCUUGCAAUGUAAUUUAAGUAAGCACAGACUUACUCAUACAGGGGAGAAACCUUACCAGUGUGAUAUCUGUGGUAAAUCCUUCUCUCGAAAUAGUGACUUAGCUACCCACAAAUUUACUCAUACAGGAGAAAAGCCAUAUUCCUGUGAUAUCUGUGGUAAAUCAUUCACUCACAGAAGUGCUGUAACUGUACACAAACGUACUCAUACAGGUGAGAAACCAUAUCAAUGUGAUAUCUAUAAACACAGACACACAUUGAUAUGGAAGAGAAGCCAUGUAACUGAUUCUGUGGUAUAUCCUUCUCUGAAAAAAGACAAUUAA